GCUCCGAUCGGGAUGAAAUUUUAGUAUGUUGUUCCUCACAUACUCUUCUUCAUAUCCAACGGUGGGAUUGUUGUUUUGACCUCUCGAUGUCGGUAAAACAGCCUUUGUUUGCUGCUGCAUUUUUGUAUGGGUUUUCUCACUUUUGAGUGAAGAUUAUUGUUGUUUGGUGUUCCGGGUUGUUGCUUGAUGAUUGUGUAUACCUCUAAUUGAUUUAGAGAGGAUUCUUGGUGUACCCACUGAUUUUCUUGGUGAUUAGUGGAAGGAUAUUAUGGACUUCGGAGGAUAUGGCUUCUGUGUCGCAUCAUUGGUGCUUGAUAAGCCUCCUACUGGAUUUAGAGUAUAUGUCAAACACAAAUGGAUUGACAUAGAAGACAUUGAUUUGGAUAUCUACUUCACCAAGGAUUUGUAUGCUGAUGUAAUUUCCAGAGCUAAAGAGCAGAAUAUAAUUCUCCCUAGGUUCAUUGGAUUUAGAUAUCAUUUACCAGACAAAGAACUUCAGAGGGAGCAACUAAUGGUUGAUUCAGAUUGGAAUAGAAUGGUUGCUGAAUGGGGUGGGGUUUGUUGUACUUACAUCCCCUUAUUUGUGAUUGAGUUGAAGGAGCCUAGUGCACUACAAAAAAUGGCAGAGGGUCUUGAUUCCAGUACCCAAGAUUAUAAUGAGGCUUGUAUGACUGAAAUUGAGCAGUGGGCUGAUAAUCUACUUGUGACUCCAACAGAAUGUGGUAGCAUUCUUGAUAGCCAACCAAGGAGUUGUAGCAAAGCCAAGUUAAUAGUGAGAAGGCAGAACAAGAAUAUGAGAGAUGAAGUGCAAACCCAACCGUCUUUGAUUGAAGCUGAAGAAUUACCUAGUCUCACUCCACCAGCACCUAAUACCUCUCAUCCCUUAGGUGAUUUCCUUACAAACUCCUCUACACAACACUCUCCCACCAUUGCAGAGGAGGUUGAUAAUCAUAGGACACCUAAGAAGAAGAAAAGGAAGGCUCAGGAGGGAGGAAGAAAACAGUUUGAGCUUACUGAAUUGAAUGUGAAAUUGUUGAGCAAGGAAUUGAAAGGCUUAGAAGCUUAUGACAUACCAAGUUUGAGCAAACCUGAAAUUCCUACCCUAGAUAUAUUUUUUGAAGAGGUUGUGCUUCCUUCACAAGCUGAAAUACAAAGUGGACAGGUUGAUACUGAUGAAGAAAAUGAGUCCACUGAAGAUGAUGACUUUGAUGGGGGUGAAGACUCCACUGAAUGUUUAAGCAGUGAGGAACUUUCCAUGGAUGAAAAAUCAGCAACAGAUGAUGAAAUAGAUGUUGAAGCUGACACUGCCAAUAGAAUGAGAUUGGACCACAUGGAUGAAGAUGAAGAUGACUAUGGUAAUCAGUCAGUUGUUGAAAAAAUGGCCAAGGUCUUUCGCACUGGUAGGCUUUGGGUAAGAAGUAGGGAUGGAAAGGUUGAGUUAAAGGUUGGAGACAUUUUUAGUUGCAAAGAGGAUUUUCUUAGAGUCAUGAAGGACUAUACUAUUCAGAAAGGAAUAACUCUUAGAAAACUCAAGAAUGACAAAAGAAGAUACACUCAUACUUGUAUAAAUGAGAACUGCAAGUUUAGGAUACAUGCUUCUGUUUUGGUUGAUAGGCACUCUUGGAUGAUAAAGACCUUGUGUGAGGAGCAUGUUUGUUCUGUGAAAGAGCACCAUAAGAGGGCAGGAGCUUCUUGGGUUGCUAGCCAUUUUCUUGAAGACUUCAGAAGUAAUAAGGAGAUGAAGGCAAGCACUCUGCAGAAGUUGGUUUUGUCUAAGUUCACCACUUACAUACCUAAAUACACUUGUUGGAGAGCAAUUAAGUUGAUGAGGGAAAUAGUUGAUGGUAGGCAUGAGGAUGGAUACAAGCUCUUACCACAGUAUAUGGAGGUUUUUAGAGCCAGAAAUCCAGAUUUUCAAUGCUUCAUCAGGUGGCAAGAGAUAGGACCUGGAAGAAACCCUAUUUUUAGAAGAUGUCAGAUAUGUCUUGGUUCAGCCAUCAAUGCGUUUAAAGACCACUGUAGGCCAUUCAUUGGUAUUGAUGCAUGCCAUUUAAAGGGCCCAUACCAGGGAGUGUUACUAACUGCUAUGGCAUUAGAUGGCAAUAAUGGCCAAUUUCCCUUAGCAUAUGGUGUUGCAGAUUGUGAGGAUGAAACUGAGUGGUCAUUUUUCUUGAAUAGUUUAGCUCUGGCUUUAGGUUGCACUAAAGAUGCUUCUAAGUAUACUAUAAUUUCAGAUAGGCAUGCGGGUAUAAUACAAGGCCUGAAGAAUGCUAUUCCAAAAGCUUCAAGAAGAAUUUGUGUUCUUCAUUUUUACAAGAACUUUGCCAAAACAUUCACAGGACAUAGAGGCAAGCCCAUGUUGACCAUGCUGGAGGAGAUUAGAAAGCUUGUUGGAAACAGAUUUGAAAAAAGGUUUGAAUUGGGAAGGAAAUGGUCCACUGUAGUCACCCCCUUUGUAGAUAAAAAACUUAGGGAGCUAGCAAUGGACUCAAGAGUAUGCUCAGAGGUUGUGGCUGCUGGUAGAGGGGAGUUUGAUGUACUUGAUGGGUGCACAAAUUUCACAGUGAGGUUACGAGAGCAUAAUUGUGACUGUAGCAGAUGGCAAGUGACAGGCCUACCUUGUAAACAUGCUGCAAGAUGCAUUCUUAGGCUGAAUGAGAAGUUAGAGGACUAUUGUGCACACUGGUUUUCAGUUGAGAAGUACAAGGGGUUGUAUGAUGCUAUUAUACACCCUAUCCCAGAUCCUUGCAUGUGGGGAGAGACAUCAGAACCCAAUCUUGACCCUCCAAAAAACCUAAAGAAAAAGGGAAGACCUAAAAAGCACAAGAGAAGAGAUGGGAUUGAUGACAGGGUCAUUAAGCAGAAGAGGACGGUUCAUGGAACAAAACGUUGUGGGAAGUGCAAACAGCUAGGUCAUAACCAUAGGACUUGUGGUCAAAAGAGGGAUGAAGAUGGCAGAUUGGUGCAGAAACAGACAAAAAAGAAGAAACUGGCCAAGAGUGAUUAGGAAUGCAGAGAUUUUGGGCUGUGUUUGAAGACAUGUAGUUCAUUCACUGUAAAAUGGUUUUGUCAUUUUGAUGCUCAUCACAGCACAAACACUUAGUUUUUGUAACAUUUGGCUUCUGUUACAGUUUUUGAGAUUAGCAAUGCCAAGAACCUGUUUCAGCUUAUGUUUGUAACAGAUUUGGAUGUAUUUUUGGUGUUGCAAAUUUUGAUAUGUUUUGAUUCCAAAGUCUGUAACAGUUCUGAAUUAUGUUGGCUUUGGUUUUUGGUUUUUUGGAUUCUAAAAUGUGUUGCCUCACUGUGAAUAACAGUUCCUGAUUCAU